GCGAGGAAUCAGCCGCUAUACAAACCAGCGGGUGUUUGAGCUCCUGCUCCCGCACGGCACUGCUGUGCGCGCGCGCGCCUCCAUUUCCAAGCAAUACGCAAAGAGAGAGAGCGAGAGAGGAAGAGAGAGAGAGAGAGAGAGAGAGAGUGAGUGAGUGAGAGAGAACACCUCUGGAAAUUUUGAAUAAUGUGGCCGAAGCCGCACGAGCGAGGAAAUUGAGGACAUUUUUGAUUUACUGUUAUUUGCGCCGCGCACCCGCGAAGACAGACACGUGUCUUCGAGGGUAAACAUUAAUAAAAAGGGCUACACAUCGUGUCAUCAUUGUUUUCCCUCUCAGCUCCAUUUGUUUUGUUGCUGAAGAAGGAGCAGAAGGAGAAGAGGAGCGAGUCCGAGCUCGACGACGCGCUUCUUCUCUUUUUUAUUUGGUAACAUCAUUUCGGCUCGUGCGCCUUUUUUUUGGGCGAUAAAAAGACGCAUUUUGGAGAAUGUCGGAAGUGCUGCCUUUCAACGAGGAGAAAAUGAGUCAUUAUGGAAGCGAGGGCGACGAGGGACACCUUUCCUUCACCUGUCGUCUCCAAGACACCAACAACUUCUUCAACGGCCCACAGAACAAACGUCCACCCAAGCUCGGACAAAUAGGCAGAAGCAAACGAGUUGUGAUCGAGGAUGAGAAUGGCGAGGAUGAAGCACAGAAAAAUGGAACAGAGAAGACCCCGCCAGAGGCUUAGAUCACUCGGCUCAUUGUCUUCCUCCCCUCCCUCCUCCCUCCACCCCGACACACACACACACACACAAUACACACACAAAAAAAGACACUCUUGAAAAUUUUUUAUGGCGAUAUUUACUAGUUUUAAUCCAAAGACACUGUAUAUAAGCACUUUCUCUCAUGUGGCAGCAAGCAGCACUUCCACACCCUCCUCUACCUGUCAGUCAUGGCCAUCCGGGUGACACAGACUGACUGGCAGGGCUGGGAGACGGCAGCAAAAGGAGACCCCCCCCCAGGUGGACUUCCCCCCCUUGUCCUCCAACACACACAUGUACACACACACGUACACACACAUGUACACAAAAUGUCCAAUGCCCUUGAGCACAGGGUUUCGCCAUAAAUCCAAAAGUGGAGAAGACAAACCAGGGGCAGAGGAGGGGGGGGUUGACGUGGAGGAAGGAGGCGACGCUGUCGAAAUGCAGAAAUCAGGGACAGGAUACAGAAAUGAAUCUAGUAUAAAAACUAAAGCACACACUUCUCCUACGUAUAUAUAAGUAUAUAUACAUCGUAUCAAUUUAACUUAUAAUGGUACCAUUCUUUAUUCACGUCAUUUUAAUCGAGAGAGGAAUAAAGAGCGCCGAGUUUGUAAAUAUGGAAAGGGUAGCCCAUAUUUUUCUUGCACAAAGUGGGAGUGAGUGAACCGGCUUGUUCUCUGUGUUGAAGACUUUAUUUAUUGAUCCUUUGGAAUAUGUCUUUUUGCAGUGACCCGAGGCCCAGAGGGAGUAGUUUUUUGUAUGCGGAGAGAACUUUGAGCGAAUGAGAGUUGAUAUUUUUUUCACUUAACAAUUCUCGGUGUUGCCUGAGUGUUUUUUGUUACCAUAUUUUGCAGCUAACGAGUCAUUUAUAUACCGUGUACCUCCCACCUGUUUGUAAGCUUCCCAGGCUUUCACCUGGAAUGGUUGAUACUGUAACUUGACUGUACAACACCCUAUUGAUAAACUAUUUAUAUUGCAUUGUGCAUUAUCGUGUGUGCCAAACCUCAUGAGGGAUAUACUGUACCGGAUUACUUUGUUUUUUUUUCUGUGCUUUAUACAUUUACUUGGACAGUUCACGUUUGUUUUCGUUGGUUUGCCAUUUUUAGGGCUCUUUCUUAAAAAAAAUAAAUGAAUCAAAACACUGAAAUACCAACUCAUGCAUGGCAAAUAUGAAAUCAUGCAUGCACGGCAGACGUUCUGAAACUUGUGUAUUCUUGAAGCACCUCGUAUACAGCUUUGAAUGACAAACCUCGAGCAACAGUCUUAAUUCUGCGUUGUACUGUACGACUCGCACUGAUUUGUACAGCGGACUAAUAUCUUGUAAUAAAGAUUUGACAAAGUA